AUGUCUUCGCAAGCCAUCGACCAAGCCAUCUCUUUCCUCACCACCCCUCUCUCGCGCACGACCGUCUCCGCCAGCGCGCUUUCGACGCACAUCGUCUGCCUCGAACACUUUGAGAUUCGUCUUCGCCUCGCCUCUUCCACUCCGCCGCCCGAAUGCAUCGCGCGCGCAUGCGAGGCCUCGGGCGUCAACUGGUCCGAAUGGCUUUUCCUCAUCGGUGGUGGAAUGGGUCUUGAUCUUGAUGUCAAUAUUCGCCACAACGCCGUCACUGCUAGCUUCAGCCGCGCAGGGACUCCCUCACUCGGCCUCGUCACCGUCUGGCAGCAGGAAGAGCCCCAACAAUUGACCACGCGCGAGCUCCUCUACGCCGACGACGACUCGGAAGACUUGUUCAACGAGAUCAACCGCUCGCAACACUCGCCAUCUUGGCUCUCCUCUUGGUCUACUACCACGGCUGCACCGGGCGUCAUUUACCCAAAGCAGCCCUCUGCUCUGGCUGCGCCCAUGUCGGUUCCCAAGAUGCAGCCAGUGCCCGCCAACGCCCGUACACACUCGCGUUCCUCGUCGUUUGCUUCAAACUCGUCCUCGUCGAAUCACUCUUGCGGUGGUCCGUCGUACGGCUUCAACGGCUACUCGCUCUCUCCGAGCAAUCCCUCUGCAAACGUCAAUGGUGUGAUCGGAAGUGGCAUGGAACGUGCCGGCAGCUCUUGCUCCCAGCGCUCGCGCAGCAGCGGCAGCAAUGCGUCUGGUUCGCCCCCAACCUCCAUCUAUAGCCUCAGCGAGGACGGCUCGAGCGGCUCGAGUGGAGGUGCGCUCAGCUGGACCCGCCGUGGUACCGUCAUUCCUGGCCCUCAACAGUCGGCCAUUAUGGCCGCACGCCAGGCCCAUCAGCAGCAGCAGCAGAUGCAAGCCUACCCGGGUGUGCCCAUGAUCAAUGUUGAGCAGACGCCUGCCCACUACCAACAAGGCCACCGUUCGUCGCCUUCCAUCUCCUCCAACGCCUCGGCUGCCUCUGGAUCCAGCGGUGGACAUGGCAAGCACCGUCGUCAACGCUCAAACGCCAACGUCGUCAUUGAUCCAUCCAAGUCAAACGUCACCGCCUACGACGGUGGCAAGACCAAGGUUAUGACCGGUGGUGUGAUGCUCGGGUCUGUCAACUCUGGAAAGAGAAAGGGCCAAUAA